AUGCGAUGUCGUUGUGGAUCAAGCAAAGUUGAAACCGAAGCUUCCUCGGGUACCACCUUUUGUGUGGCAUGCGGUGAAGUGUUGGAAGAGAACACGAUCGUUGCCGAGGUUACUUUCCAAGAGCUUAGUGGUGGUAAAACUGUACUUUCAGGCUCAUUUGCAGGCGAAUCUGGUCGCAUUGCAAGUAGUGGUCCAUUUGGACGCGGCCGUGGUAGAGAAGGCCAAGAACAAGCUAUGGAAAAUGGUCGACUCAAGAUUGCUCAUAUGGCACACGCUAUCAACCUCCCCGAACGUUACCGUGAGGCAGCACAACGCUAUUACAACCUUGCUGUUGUGAAUCGAUUUACGCGAGGCAGAAGAUCUGAACAUGUGGCGGCCGUUUGCUUAUAUAUCGUUUGUCGUGAUGAAAAGAGCUCGCAAAUGUUGAUUGACUUUUCGGAUGUGUUGCAGGUCAACGUCUUUGUCCUUGGUUCAACAUUCCUAAAGCUUGUCCGCACGCUCAAUCUCAGAUUACCACUUAUUGAUCCAUCCAUCUACAUUUCUCGAUUUGCCGCAGCACUUGAUUUUGGUGAAUACACACAACGUGUGGCACAGGAUGCGGUACGCCUUGUACAACGUAUGGAUCGUGAUUGGAUUCGCACGGGUCGUCGUCCUUCCGGUAUUUGUGGUGCCUGCUUGCUGAUUGCUGCACGAAUGAAUGGUUUUCGACGUACAACAAGGGAAAUGAUUUAUGUCGUACGAGUGGCCGAGAUUACUAUUCAUGCCAGAUUGAAAGAAUUUGCUCAAACCGAAUCAGCCAGACUGUCCGUGCGUGAUUUCCGAACCAUGUGGCUAGAGAAAGAAGCCGAUCCACCAUCCUUUAUUCGAGCACGAGCUGAGACACCAAAGAAGAAAAAGAAACGCUUUGGUGGUAUCUUGUUGGAUGACAUUGAAACGGAUUAUGAGGACAAUGAUGAAGACGAUGAGGACCAACAAAUACCACGACGACAGCCUACAGUGGUGGCUGCAAGCCCAAUGACAGCACCCAUGACACCCAUGACAGCACCCGGCUCACCAGCAAUGACCUCAUCACCUCCCGCAGCCACCGCUACUACACCUAUGGCUGCACCAGAAGAUACCCAAGCUACCCUUGUACCGGAUUCUCAAGUGCCUGAUGAUACACAAGCAACCAUGGUCAAUCCGUCAUUAGAGGAACAAGUCGAGGAGUUAGAGAAGGAGGUCGAAGGUUGGAUGAAGACGGCUGAUUUUGUGGAAAAUUCAGAAGCCUUUGCAACUGAAAGGAAGGAAAAGAUAGCACAAGAGGAGGAGGAUUCAAGAUUAUCUGAUGUGGAUGAUGAGGAAAUUGAAGCUAUGCUCUUGACACCUGAAGAAGUCCGUUUAAAGACAAUGAUUUGGUAUACCGAGAACAAGGAAUAUCUUGCGGAGAUGAAAGCACGAGCAGAGAAGUUGGCGAUGGAUCGACAAAAUGGUGUCAUUUCAAAGAAAGGAAAACAUGCACGGAAACGAAAGCUGCCUGCUGCUGAGAGUCCCGCCGAAGCUGCCAAGCAACUUGUACAGACCAGGAAGUUUUCAAAGAAGAUCAACCAAGAUGUAUUUGAUGGCAUGUUUGAAUCACCCGAGUCGAUUGAAAAGAUCAAGGAACUUGACAAGCUCAAGGAGGUCAUGCGUAGUGCUGGUAUUGAUGAGAACACAGGCGAUUACUCUGCUUAUGAGGUUGUGGAGGAAUCUGGUGAUGCAUUAGCAACCAAGAAACAAAAGACGGGUGAUGAUGGCAAGGCAACAGAAGCUGUAGAUCAAGAAGACGAGGAUGAAGAUGAUGAGGAUAUGGAUCCAGAGGAUAUGGCUGACGAUGAACGGCUGAUGAUGGAAGGACGUCGAGCUAUGGGCUGGGCCGAUGAUGCUGAUGAAGAUGACUAUUACGAUUAUGAUUGA